AUGGGCAGCUUGGUCGAGGUCGACGCCUCUUCCCACCUCGUCCCCGUGGUCGACAUUGCGCCGUUUCUCACCGACCCGCAAUCUCCAGAAGCCGGGGCCGUAGUCGAUGCGGUGCGGCAGGCAUGCACGACGAGCGGCUUCUUCGCCAUCACGGGCCACGGCCUGGCCCAGCAGCUCCAACGCGACCUGCUGGCAGCGGCGCGCGCCUUCUUCUCGCUCGACCUGGACGAGAAGAAGAAACUCGACGCGACACGCAUGGUGGGCCGCCGGGGCUACGACGUGCUCGCGUCGCAGUCCUACCACGCCGAUGUGCGGCCUGAUCUCAAGGAGGGCUUCUAUGUAGGCCACGACUUGCCCGCACACGACCCGCACGUCCGGGCCGGCCGCUUCUUCAUGGGCCCCAACGUGUGGCCGGACGAAGGGGUGUUGGCACCGCAGCGGUUCAGGGGCCCCGUCGAGGCUUAUUUCGACGCAGUGCAUCUCCUGAGCCUGAAAGUCCUGCAGCUGGUGGCCUGCACCCUGCCCUACGGAGCGGGCGUCUUUGACGAGUUCACGGCCGGCAACCACACCGUAGCCGUGUUGCGGCUGCUGCAUUACCCGCCGGCACCGGCUUCAGCUUCACCUUCGUCUUCUCCAGAAGACCAGCAGCGGCAGCGGCCGCAACAGUUGGGCGCCGGCGCACACACCGACUUCGGCGCCAUCACGCUGCUCCUGCAGGAUGAGCAUGCGGGGCUGGAGGUGCUGGAUCCGAAAACGAGCCGGUUCGUGCCCGUCGACCCUAUCCCCGACGCAUUCGUCUUCAAUGUCGGUGACAUGCUCUCUGUCUGGACCGACGGGCUGUACAAGAGCAGUGUGCAUCGCGUCAUCAACAAGGCUCCCACGGAUCGCUACUCGGCUGCCUUCUUCUACGAUGGCGCACUGGACUGUCCACUGACGCCGCUGCAUCAGGCUGGGAAGGUUCAGGAGGCCGAGAAUGUGCUGACGGUGGAAAAACAUCUGCUGAGACGCAUCCUGGAAAGCUAUGGAAACACUGGUACGAAAUAG